AUGUGGAGAGGACUUCCAUCAGAUUUACCAGCAGGAAUUGACAAUCUCGAUUAUACAGAUGAUGUCUACGGAACAGACAAUGAUAGGUUCAAAGAUGGAAGAGAUAAUAGUACAUCUACAUACCCCGUGCUAAAGACUCCGUACUAUGGUUCCCGAUAUAGCGUACCCAGAAAGCCUCUUCCUAAUGAUUCGGCCAAUACCCGGGUUGAAAAUCAAUUAAAACUAGUGAAGGAGGCAAAUUUCUGGAGUUCAUUGGAAGAGGAAUUCCGAAAUUCAUUUGAAGAGCAAUUACGAAAUGCCGAGGUUGAGUUAGAACGCGCAUUGGAAAGUCUGCGUACUGCAAAUACGCAGUCCCGUUUCAAUUAUGAAGAAAGUGAUAGGCACCUACCACAACAGGAGAUACCGCAGCCCUCUAUUCACCCUACGGACAGGCUCACGAGUUGUAACAUCUGUGUUGAAGAUUUCUCCAACACUGUCACACGGCCGGCGUGGAUAUCAAUAGCUUGUGCUCAUGAACCCUCGGUAUGCAACAUCUGUAUAUCAAAGAGUAUAAAAUCAGAUCUUGAGACGAGAAUCUGGGAUCAGAUUAGAUGCCCGGAAUGCCAGACAUUACUCAUUUAUGACGAUAUCAAGCGACUCGCUGACCCAGAGACUUUUGAGAGGUAUGAAAGACUUUCAUUUAGAAGCGCAGUAGGCUCAGACGAAAAUUUCAUCUGGUGUCAGCAAUGUGAUUUUGGCCAACUGCAUGAAAAAGGUGCUUCUGAACCUAUUGUUCGCUGUCUGAACUGUGGCUUCCGGUCUUGUUAUCUUCAUGCAGGACCCUGGCAUUCAGGGCUUACGUGUGACGAGUAUGAUGAGAUGUUGCAAAACCCAGACGAAUAUCAGAGCGUCAGGGGCAGAGAUAAUUCGGACCUGGAAAUGACAAGGCGACUCCAAGGAGAACAGGAUUUGGAAGCUGCUCAAGAGAUUAGCAAUCGAGACCAACGCAAAGAGGAGGAACGACAAAAACGUCGUCACAGGGAGGAAAGAGAGAAGGCAGGGGCUGCUCAGUUGAUGGAAGCUGAAAGAAGGAGAAAGGAGCGACAGCGAACGGAAGAAGAGGAACGAGCCAGGGAGACCAAACGACAGCAAGAGAAGAUUAGAAAAGAAGAUCAAGAGAGACUACUCAUGGACGCCAGGAGACAGAGGGAGAAUGCAUUAUCCAUGGAAACAAUGAAGCAGACGACGAAACAGUGUCCUGGAUGCGAGCGGCCUAUUGAAAAGAACAGGGGCUGUGACCAUAUGACAUGCCUGAAAUGCGGUGCUCAAUUCUGCUGGGUAUGUCUGAGCGACUACAAGCAGAUUCGGUUGUACGGAAAUUCAAGACAUCAACCAAAUUGUCCAUAUCGUUCAAGAAAUCUACUAUAG